AUGACAGUGUUCCUCCAGAGUAGCAAUCUGGAGGAACAACCCUUAUCGUCGGAGUAUGAGAUUGACGACGGGACUGCUGAGGCCGCCGCUGCGACGCCUCGCUCUAGGACUGACGCUACGAUGUCCGGAGCUCGUGCAGAACCGACGUCUGUUGGGGGUGACGCUAUGAGCCCCCAUUCUCAGGUUGACAGAGAGACUGCACAGGCCGCCGCUGCGACGCCUUCGGGCUCUGGGACUGACGCUAUGAUGUCCGGAGCCCUUGCAGACUCGACGUCUGUUAGGGGUGACGAUACGAUCCCCGCCCCUGUGACCGACGCUAUGAAGUCCAGGGACUCCAAGGAUGAGGGUAGUUGGGCCGCAGCUUGGAGAAUGGCUUCCGAUAUGUGGCCCUCCAAGUAUUGGAACCCCUUCCAGUGGGGUUCCAACCCAUCGACUGACGCUACGACGUCGAUUCCGCUUGUGGACGUCGCCCAUUCGACACGUCCCGGCGGCUUUGCUUCGAGCGCCCCGUCGGCCUCGAAUCCCCCCACAGGCUGA